AUGGGGGGCUUCAUCGAAUCAGUGAAGAAGAACAAGGUGGGGGCGGUGGUCGUCUCCGUGUUCGAUUGGUAUCCCUCCCACUACCCAGCGGCGGAGAAGAAGCUGCUCAAGAAAUUGGACCUCGCAAUUCUCGUCUUCGGAAGUUUAAGCUUCUUCUGCAGAUUUCUCGGCCAGCAAAAUAUCACCAAUGCAUACGUCUCAGGCAUGCGGGAAGAGCUCGACGCACGCGGAAAUGAGCUGAACUACUACGUCGUAGCGUACAAUACGGCCUACGUAAUUGGGCAAAUCCCUCUCAUGACCCUCCAGACCAAGGCCAAGAUUGCUCCGUUCCUGCUACCUUCGUUGCAAAUCAUCUGGGCAGUCAUCGCCUUCUCUCAGUCCGAGAUCAAGAAAAACUGGCACCUGUACAUCUUACGAGCCAUCACGGGAUUCCUUGAGGCUUCCUCCUUUGGGGGCACUCAUCUCAUUCGUAGGUUUCUGUACGAGAGCGGGCUUUACAUAUUCGACCUGCUAACCGCCCCCCUUGCUUUAGUUGGAAGUUGGUUCAAGAACGAGGAGCUCUUCAAGCGUGCCGGCGUCUGGUUCAUGGGCAAUUCUCUCGGCUCCAUGUUCUCCGGCUACCUGCUCGCAGCGAUCCACCGCAACUUGAACGGCGUCAUGGGGCGUUCUGGGUGGCGCUGGCUGUUCAUCGUGCAAGGUAUCAUCACUUUGCCCAUCUCCUUCUUGGGAUUUGCCUUUUGGCCUGGACUGCCCUCGUCACCGAGGAGAUGGUACUUCACCGCGGACGAACACGCUUUGGCGGUGAAGAGAAUCCCGACCGUCGAGCAGGAAGGCAUCACCUGGAAGACGUUCAAGUACACGCUCUCCCGCCCAAUGUGGUGGAUCUGCGUUCCCUGUUACAUCUUCUUGUGCCAGGCACAUUACUGGACUGGCUAUAUGGCCCUGUGGCUCCGGAGCACUGGUUACUCGAUCGAACUGGUCAACAUCUUGCCGACCUUCAUCGAUCUUCUGCGCGCGUUAUCCUCCUGGCUAGGAACCACGUUGGCAGGUUGUCUGAGUAUCCGCGGGCUCUGGACUUUCCAAGCAUCCUUUGUGCUCUUCGCGUGUAUCGUCUUGUCGGUAUGGAAUGUCCCAGACAUCCUCAAGUUCUGCGCGUUCUACUUUGGAGGCUUCUCCGGAAUGGCCUCCCCAAUCUUGUAUUCCUGGCUCAACUCCACUCUCAAGGAGAACUACGGUGAACGCGGUCUCAUCAUCUCUUCCAUGAUGACUCUAGGCUUCUGCGGACAGAUCUGGGUGCCACUGUUCACGUUCCCGACCGUGGAGGCACCGCGGUUCCCACACGGAUACCCCGCGGCCACCGUGUUCGAGGUCGCCAUGUGGGCAUUCUUGAUGUUUGGCACGUGGUACAUGAAGAGAUGGAAGUUGAAGCAUCCGGACCUGGAGAUGAGGCUGGCAAACGAGCCCACUGCACAAGAAGACUCUUCGACCCUAGGGUCCGACUCGGAAAGACCCGACGUCGAGGCGGCUGUCACGCAAGACAAGGGGAAAAGGGAGGAGGUGGUGGCCGCUCAGCCUUUGGCCGUGAAGAAUUGA